AUGGACGCCACCGACGACCAGAACCAACCCAAGCGGAAGCGCACCUUUCGCCAGGAUGCGGCGCGCAAGAAGAGCAAGAGCGGAGAUGAGGGCGGCAAGGAAAAUGGCGCCCAGUAUUCGGCGUUUGCCUUGAAGAUGAUGAACAAGAUGGGCUACAAGGGAGGCGGUCUGGGGAAGGACGGCGAAGGUAUCGCAGCCCCCAUCGAAGUCAAAGUACGACCGACAAAGGCUGGUGUUGGUGUCGUCAAGGAGAAGACGAUCGCUCAGAUACAGGAGGAAAAGAGGCGGGCGCGCAUGAACGGCGAGAAAGUCGAGUCGAGCUCCGAAGACGAGCGCCCCAAGAGGCGAAAGCCAAAGGCAUCGGCAGCAACAUCGGGUGCUUCCACUCCCACUGUCCGUCCCCGGAAAACGGUUUACGCCUUGGAGGAGGCUGGAAUCCACGUUCCACAGUCUAUACUUGACUAUACCACAAACCAAGCGAGAACCACGACUACACUUAGUCUUAGGGGCACCGAGCAACCCUUCCAGUCCAGCGCUCAGAGCAAGGCUUACAUGGAACUGAAUGCCUUCAUGGACGAAGUGGAGACGCUUCAAUCGGAUACACACAGUAUUGAGCAAGAAACGGAAAAUCUGGUCGCCGAACUUCAAGCACUGAGCACCCAAUCGGUACAGCUACAGGACACUAUUUCUCGCCUGGCAGAUCUGCACAAUACGAGCGACUGGUCCAAACUCGUACAAGGCCUUAAAUCGAUGAGCCUUUCAGAAAAAGAAGCAGUGGCUUUACUACAUCCGAAAUUUUCUCAAGCAGUCGUAGCAUGGGAUCCAUCACAGGGCCCACUGGAAGAAGUCGCGCUCUCUUUGAUAGAGCUGGCCGACAUCGUCAACCCUCGUUCGCAGGGCGAGCGAAGACCUCGCUCUACAACACCCUAUCAAUCCAUGAUGCUGAUAUGGUGGUCUCGCUUUCACUCGGCACUGAUCAAGGACUUCAGACCAGACAGUUCUACUGCAUCUGCUUUUCUUCUUGCCAUCGAAGUUUGGCUUCCGGUUCUUAAAGGCGUGCCCUUCAUCUACCACCGCGUUAUCCGGGAGGUCAAGCGGAUGACGUCGGACGUUAUUCAAGUAUGGAAUCCACGAAAGGCCAAGUCGCUACCACAAUGGAUCCUUCAAUACCUCCCUUAUUUCGAUCCCUUACCUGACCUUAAGCCCAAAUUAAGGAUUCUGCUCCAGGUCUGGCCUUUGGGGCGAGGACUGCUACCUGGUAUCAAGCUGUUCCAAAAAGCGUUUCCUAAAGAACUGGGGACAAUGCUUCUGCACUUUCUCGUCCCUCGGCUGACGACGCACCUUAACGACAACCUUGAGAUGGAUCCAUCCGACCAAAAUAUGGAACCAAUCACUGCUGUUGUGAGCUGGACUGGCGUACUUUCGGCGCGCAUUAUUGUGGAAGUUCUACAUAGUGCCUUCUUUCCCGCAUUCCUCGCCUGCUUACACUCCUGGUUGACAUAUGAAUCCUGUAAUCUCGAGGAAGUUUCUAAAUGGCUUACGUACUGGGCUGAAGACGUCUUCCCAAAAGAUAUUGCACAAGAGCCCACCUUCAAGGCGGACUUUGAACAGGCCUACACCCUUGUCGGAGCAGCGCUCGAUCUGGAAAAUGAGGGCAAGAGCUUAGAGACUCUUGAGUUCCCCGCAAGCGAACCAGCCCAGGUGCCUUCGCCAGAGACUCCCGAUUUCUCGAAAUCGAUCAAUACUGAACCAUCCCAACCAACCUUGCCGGACGCGAGCGAGCUCUCUUUCAAAGAUAUUGUAGAGUCCUGGUGCGCGGAAGAGGACUUGCUCAUCAUCCCUCUCCGCAAGGCCGAUGAAUCUACGGGCUUUCCGCUAUUCAGGAUCACAGCGAGUGCAGCGGGAAAAGGUGGCGUGAUUGUAUACUUUAAAGGUGACAUUAUAUACGCCCAGAAUAAGAAGGACAAGAGUAUCUGGGACCCGGUCGGUAUGGACGAUGGUCUGAUUGCCAGAGCGGAAGGCAAGUGAACGAAUGCGAAUGCGACCGCGACUGCGACGGAC